UCUCCUUCCCAUUUUUACUCAUUCCUUUCUUAGCCAUUUUUACUCCUCCUUCCUUUCUCAACCAUUUCUAUGGAGGAACAAAAUGAAGGUCAUGAAUUCCAGGAACAAACUGAAAAUUGAGCAACUCAACGUAGAAAUCGUGGAGCUGCUAUUCCAAAGUGGAAAGAGAGACAACUUUGUUCGUUUGAUUCAACAAGAAAAUGUGUUAGUGCAAAUGCUACUGAAUUUUCAGAAUUAAUAACCUUUAAGGUUAAGGAUCCAAGAAAUCUUCCAUUGAAAAGGGAUUGGCGCUUGAUUCGGGAAAAUGAUAAGGAAGUUCUGUGCGAAAGAAUUGAAGUGUAUAUUUUCAUUUUUUACUUCUAUAUUUCAGAUUUGUACUAACAUGUAUGUUUUUAUGAAUAUAGGGGAAUAUUAUUUUUCUUUAUGAAGACUAUGACAAAAUGCCACUAAUUCGUAACAUGACUCUCCACGUUGCGGAUAAUUCAUACAAGGAAUACCAGAAUGGUUUAAAAGCGGAGUAUUAUACCAAAAGACAAGGGCAUGAGCGCUCAGAACCUCCCCCUGGAGUGGAUGUUGGUCAAUGGAUCGAGAUGAAGGUGGCGGAGAAAAACAAAUUUAAUGGGGAGUUAAAAACUAUGAACCAUACAAUUGGUUCAAAAACUUUUGCUCGGGUGCACGAGGAAUAUAAGAAUAAGCAUGGAAAGGAGUCGAAUCCCAUCCUUUUUUUUUUUUUUGAAACCAUACCUGGAAAUGGACUCUUGGUUGGAUGA